AUGUCCGCAGUUGAAGCAGUGACCGUCAAGAAACGGGGUCGGCCGGCUAAGAAAGCCGUGUUGUCGUCUACCGACAAUAGUAGCAAUGUCAUUGUGGAGGUUGACCCCGUGGCCGCGAGUCCCUUGCAACAGCAGGAGAAGACUCGGAGGAAGUCUGCUGCUCUUAGUGGUGAGGAUGCAGCUAUACCUGCGGCCAAGAAGUCGUCAACGUCUACGGCGACUGCGAGUAAGAAAUUGAACGAUGAGACCGGGAAGAGUGCAGCUGUGAGUGCGAGUAAACCAGCAGUGGCCGCGUCGACUACGACGAGAAAGAGGGUCUUGAAAAGUUCAACGCCCGCCACUGCUGCUGCUGCUGCUGCUGCUGCUAUAGUUGAGGAGAGAUUACAAUCCUCAAGUUCGCGGACAAAGUCACCCAAGGUUGAGCCUGUGGAAGAGCCGAAUGUUCAAGCCGUUGCGACAAAAUCAAAAUCCACUGCUGUCAAUAAGGCUGCAUCUCCAGCUAAAGCCACAGCAGCAUCAUCAACCACGAAGCUGGUGAUACAGGCCAAGAAGCAACAGCCACAGCGAAUUUCAACUGCGCCGGAAAGUCAAUCUGCUACGAGUCUCCCACCGUCGGAGUCGAAGACAGAGCCAGUUUCAGAAAUCCUGCAGCAAGCUCGCGCUUUCGCGAAGACUUCCCCCGGAGGGCUGAAGAAGAGUGCGACUACUUUACAACAAGCAUCGGGUAGAAAGGCUGAACAGGGUGAAAUCAGCCCCGAAUCCUUAGAGCCGACCAUAACAGCACAACAAAUAUUAGAUUCGAUACUAGCUGAAGCCGAGCUCAAGCAGCCGCCAAGUACGUCCGAGACGAACUCACCACGAGAGGCAUCCAGGAUCGAAACAAAAUCUGCAGCACCCUCGUCAUCUUUCCCAAGCAAGCUUCUCACCACCAACCCACUCUUCACAGCAACCCGCCCAAAAUACACACUCCCAUACAGCACGACCGCGGCACUGGCUUCCCGACACCAACAGCAGCAAGAACAGCAACAGCAAUCCACGCAGCGAGCCGCCAGAAGCACCGGCCCAGGAGGCAUUCGACGAAGCAGGCCUCCGCCGACCGACCCGUCCUUACGGGGCGAUCCAAACAAGGCACCACCAAUGUCCCAUGACGAAAUCAGAAAGACACCGCUGUAUCGCAAGACGAACGCCAAAGUGCGACGUGUGAUAGUCGCGCUGCCGAUCGCGAUCGUCACGAGCUAUUAUCUCUAUCAGCGGCGGGACGAGCAGCGGAUUUAUGAAGAGGGUUUGCUGGCGUUGGGGAGGGGCAGCUCGGGGUCGUCGGUGCGGAGUUUGACCACGAAUAGUGAGGAAGGUGCUGCUCCUGCUGUUGGGCAGAGUGAGCAGCAACGGUGA